UCUCGAGAUUGGAUAAGUUAGAAUUUGAGAAAACAACACCAGGUGUUUUACAACCGACCUUGGAAGGAAGGGGUUGAAUGGGCAGAUGUCAAAGGUCUGCUAGUUUUACUCCAAGCUGUGCUAAAUACCGUGUCAAAGUGGGCGUGCAUGGCGGUUGAAGAACGAAGGGAACUUUAUAUCUAAGGGACGUAUUGGCAGAGGAUCCGGAUUAUGUUAGUAGAACCAGACAGAGUUAGACUAGAGAAUCUUUACCAAGAUGGCGGACACUGACGAAGCACAACAACCACCACCUACCGAGCCAGCCAAGGACGACACCGCUGUGGUACCCAUGGAACCUAUAGUAGCUGAUCCCUCCACUAGUGCCGCCAUGGAAAAGGCCCUACUAGCAGACGAUGCUGACGCUGUUCAGAAGGAGUUGGAUGGUGGGCUGGAGUUGUCAGAAUACCUCACUCGUGAGACGUUAGAAAAACUGUACAAACAGGCAUUAGAAGAUGCUACAGCAGAGCAGAAGGAGAGUAUGGUCUACACCAACAUGGUCAACAAGUUCAUAGAAGAUGGCAAAUACGAGGGGCACAGUUUCCUUCACAUCCUGGGAGAAAUCAUGUCACACGAUCUUAUAGAGGACUACGAAAUACCAAACUUAUAUGAUGACAAGAAGGCUGACCGACCACUAGAACUACACGACUUGUUCAUCUGGGCCGCCAUUACCGGGAGAACCAAGCUCACCAAGCUCUUCUGGAACAUAGACUCCGACCAAAUAGUUUCAGGACUGAUCGCAUGUAUGAUGUUCACAUUUACGGCCAAACACCUUCCAGACGACAUCUACCACGCUGAUCUACGGGAGGAUCUCUUCAAACUGUCAAUAUUUGAACCGGCCUGCUUGUUCUCAACCAAUGGGAACCAGGAGCUCAAUCAACUGUGA